CCAGAAUGCACCGCGCCACAGCGCAUGUGCAACAGACUCCUAAUGCCUCAUAUAGCUGUUUCGAUGAAAUAAAAGAUCCGUUCGGACGACUGCAGGGGAAACGCUGUUGGAUCAGAAGGGGAAAAAAGUACAAGGUCAGGCCCUGAAAUGGGAUUGGGGUCCCCCCUGGGGAGCAAAGAGCAGCGAGAGGAACACGGAACCCCCUGAAGGCACGGGACGCCCAGACACAAAGAGAGCCCCCUCGCCAGCAUGUCGGCCGUCACCUCGGCAACCCAAGCCCCGCCUCCCGGCAUCAACCCCCCGCCCCCCGAGUUCAGCAACCCCACCAAGCCAGGCAGGAAGACCAAUCAGCUGCAGUACAUGCAGAAUGUUGUGGUGAAGACGCUGUGGAAACACCAGUUUGCCUGGCCCUUUUAUCAGCCAGUGGAUGCUGUCAAACUCAGCCUACCGGAUUAUCAUAAAAUCAUCAAAAAUCCGAUGGACAUGGGAACCAUUAAGAAGCGACUGGAAAAUAACUACUACUGGAGUGCCAGCGAGUGCAUGCAGGACUUCAACACCAUGUUCACCAACUGCUACAUCUACAACAAGCCCACAGACGACAUUGUGCUGAUGGCACAAGCGCUGGAAAAGAUUUUUCUGCAGAAAGUGGCCCAGAUGCCACAGGAGGAGGUGGAACUCCUGCCCCCUGCCCCCAAAAGCAAGGGCCGUAAACCAGGGGGGCCCCCCGGCACAGGGAGCCAACAGGUGGCAGCAGUGUCCUCCGGCUCCUCCCCCCCACAGGUGUCUCAGACGCCCGUCAUCGCAGCCACUCCCGUGCCAACAAUCACGGCCAACGCCGCAGCAGUCCAAGCUCCACCUGCUGCUGCUCCCAUGAUGCCCGUAGGACCCCCUGCACAGCCUGUUGUUAAAAAGAAGGGUGUGAAGCGGAAAGCGGACACCACCACGCCCACCACUUCCGCCAUCACAGCCAGCCGCAGUGAGUCGCCGCCCGCCCUCCUGGAGCCCAAGCAGGGGAAGGUGGUGUCCCGGAGAGAGAGCACGGGGCGCCCCAUCAAGCCCCCCAAAAAGGACUUGGAGGAUGGUGAGGUGCCACAGCAUGCGGGGAAGAAAGGCAAGCUGACGGAGCACCUGCGCUACUGCGACAGCAUCCUCAAGGAGAUGCUCUCCAAGAAGCACGCGGCAUACGCCUGGCCCUUCUACAAACCGGUGGAUGCGGAAGCCCUGGAGCUGCAUGACUAUCACGACAUCAUCAAACACCCCAUGGACCUCAGCACAGUCAAAAAAAAGAUGGACGAGCGCGAGUACCAGGACGCGCAGAGCUUUGCGGCCGACGUGCGGUUAAUGUUCUCCAAUUGUUACAAGUACAACCCGCCUGACCAUGAGGUUGUUGCCAUGGCCAGGAAGCUGCAGGAUGUGUUUGAGAUGCGGUUCGCCAAAAUGCCGGACGAGCCGGCAGAGCCGACCCCGCCCUCGGCCCCACCCUCGGCGGGCAUGGUGAGCAAGAGCAGGGAGAGCAGCGGGAGUAGCGGGGAGAGCUCCAGCUCAGACAGCUCAGACUCGGAGGAGGAGCGGGCCACCCGGCUCGCAGAGCUGCAGGAACAGGUGGGUUCGGAACAGCAAUUCUCUGUGGAGCACCCCAAUGGUAACAGGUCGGGGAAAAAAAACGGGUGUGCCAAACGUUUUCAGCUGAAAGCAGUUCACGAGCAGCUGGCUGCUCUGUCACAGGCCCCAGUGAGUAAACCCAAGAAAAAGAAAGAAAAAAAAGAGAAGGACAAGGAAAAGAAGAAGAAAGACAAAGAGAAAGACAAAGUGGCCAAGCUGAAGCCAGAGGAGGAGAAGAAGCAGCGCGUCCCUCUGCCUGCGAAACAGAAGAAGGGCCCGGCCCGGAAAGCCAACAGCACCGUUACCGGCACCAGGCAGCCGAAGAAGGGGGCCAAGACUGCAGCGUAUGAGUCGGAUGGGGAGGACUCUCUGCCGAUGACGUACGAUGAGAAGCGGCAGCUCAGCCUGGACAUCAACCGGCUGCCGGGCGAGAAGCUGGGCCGCGUCGUCCACAUCAUCCAGUCACGUGAGCCCUCGCUGCGGGACUCCAACCCUGACGAGAUUGAGAUCGACUUCGAGACGCUCAAGCCCUCCACGCUGCGCGAGCUGGAGCGAUAUGUCAAGUCCUGUUUACAGAAGAAGCAGAGGAAACCUUUACAGGGCACAGGGAAAAAGAGCGCCAAGUCUAAGGAAGAGCUCGCUCAGGAAAAGAAGAAAGAGUUAGAAAAGAGACUACAGGACGUGAGCGGACACCUGAACAACAACAAGAACCCGCCCAAAAAAGCAGAGAAGGGGGGGUCAGCACAGGCGGGGGGGCCAUCCCGCCUCAGCGGCAGCAGCUCUUCCUCCGACACGGGCAGCAGCAGCUCCAGCGGCUCCAGUUCGGACAGCAGUGACUCGGACUGAUCCAAGAACAGCCGGAGAAUGACUAAGACUGAUCCCAGAACAGCUCGGCAGUGACUCGGACUGAUGCCAGAACAGCCCAUCCUCACUCAGACUUUUCCCACAACAGCCCAGCUGCAACGUGGACUGAUCCCAGAACCGCCCAGUGUGUUUAGAACUACUCCUUUUUCUUUUGUUUUUUAUUGUUUUGUAUUUACAUUGUAUGCAGUCAUGGUUGUUUCACUCUCUAAGACUUACAUUUUAUAAGAAAUUACAGUAAAACAUACCACCAUGGCUGAGAAUAUUUAAAAGGUUUUUAUAUAUAUAUAAUUAUAAAAAAAAUAAUAGUUGGAGAAUAUAAGAACACCACAUCAGAAGUUCUCAAUAUGGCAAUUUUAAAAAUUUUAAGUUUAAUCAGGAAAGAGAAAGGAAUAAUGUUUAAGGUCCUGAAAGAUUAAUUCAUUUUAAAAUGUGUACUUGGAACUCUGUGACUUUUUAAAAGAAAUCCAGAAAAUCUUGAAUUGUUGUUUAGCAGGGGGCUAUGACCUCAACAUCAGGCCCUGCCACAAGGACAGAAAGUUCACCAAUGAGUCACCAGUCAUUUAUUCUGUGGCUCAUCAAUGUUGGCUUCUGGAAUGACCUCUCAACCCUAUCCACAUUCCAUAAAAAGCUGCUCUUGUGCAUAUUUACAUACAAGUAUAAUCUCCCUUUUUAAAUUAUUUCUUUAAAAUAUGGUUUAAUAUGCAUGGGAUGACAGAAAUGCCUUUAGCUUUUAAAUAACACUUUCACAGAGAUUAUGGAAAUUGGCAAAUCACCUUUUCCCUUGUACAUGUGGGUCUUUCCCUAGUCUGCUUAGGGGGCAAUCUUGUGGAGCAGGGUUUUGUACCUUGGCACCUUUGAUAGUUAAAUGCCAACAGACCCUCUUUUCCAGGGAAUUGACUUGCUUCAUAUUAUGGUUUGGUGCCUUUUUGGUUCCGGCAAAAUAAUAUUGGGUACGUGUCCCUUGUUGAUGUUUAAUCAUCUGCUGCUGUCUUUCUUCGUGUUCCUUCCUAUUAGCCAGGCAGUUAGAGCGGAGCAGGCCAAGGCAGUAACACGCUUCCUAGAGGAUCACUUGCAGAGCCUGUUUUUGAAGUAUUGAGGAAGUUCUGAUGUAGUGAAUUAGGUUCAGUUGUGGCAUUAAUGAUGUUCAAGAACGCUUUGCAGUUUUGUAUGUAGCCCAUCUGUCUGCCCCCCCUCCCCCACCUCACCUUUGUUACAAAUUGUCUACUAUUUUCAUAACGCCUCACAGCAUGAUGCCUUUCAAAUGGACAUAAGUAGCACAGGGAUAGGAAAAAAUGUGACAGUACUAUUCUUACCUUUGUACAGAUGAGAGGUGUGCAGUGCUCUUUGAAUCUGGGUACGAUUGUUACAACAGCUGGGGUGUGAACUUGACCUUGUUUUGUUAGUUUUGUUACAAUGGUGCAGUAUUUGUGUAUUUUAACCAUGGACUAAAACCAACUUUCUUUUCAGCAAAAAAAAAAAAGAAAAAGUAGGGGGAAAAAAUCUAGUCCAGUGCUAAGAUUUUAGGCCUCAGUAUUUAAACUAUUUAAACCACCUUGUUAUGAAAUAGUUGCUUUUUGUAGUUUUGUGUGUUUUAAAUACUCCAUCUUGUUAAAAGUGGUAUUUUGACACGUCUGGUACCAUCACAGGGAUGUCUGGGGGGUGGCGGGUGGGGGUGGGGGUGGGGGUGGGGGGGUGGGCUGGGAAUGAGGUUUCUCUGUGUUUGUCAGUUUUCAGAAGGUUCUAUAUUCCUGGCCCUGUGAGCUGCCAAUCUGCUAUUAGUGAAACUUCAAUGAAAAAACUUAUGUGCUGAAGAGGAAAAUGCCAAUACCUUAGUAAAUAGAAAACAAUGUCAGUAACUUGUCAAUACAAAUGAAUCUUUUAUGUGUCACUGGUACAUAUUCAAACAAACUAUACCCUGAUUUCUCUGGGUUAUUCCAAACAGGAAGUGGAAAGCAUUUAUCUUCUGUAUGGUGUUAUUAUUUCUUGUGUAUAUGUAUCCGAUACUGAACAUUGGAAGGAAAGGCUUUGUGCCCUGGCGUGGGACACAAGUGAGUCUUCCUUGGGUGCUGAACAUGAUCUCUGAAUGUUCAUAUCUGCCCUGGUUCUGUCUGCUGAUCUGUGAUCUUCUGUUACCCCCACCACAACUGCAUUUGUAACAUUUCCUCUUCUCUGUCCCAUUGGGUGGAAUCUGGAUUGUCUUUCCAUCCUUGUGUGCUAUUGCUUAACUGAGAUGCUGUUCUUCACUGCAAGGAGGAGGACAGCACUCUGGUAUGCACUCUGGUGGAACUUGACCUUCCAAAUCCAAAAAAAUAGUUAAAAAUAAACAAUACAUUUCUCUGCAGACAGCGAAGAGGUCCCUGAGAGCUGUCACUAGAAUUUAAAGACUGAAAAAUAAGUAUAUAUAUAAAUAUAUAUUCGCCAUUUAUUAGUCAUUUUUAGGCCCUGGCCAAGGUAUAAUAGUUCUUUUUAUAUAUAAAAAUAAACAAAACUGACUUUUUAUGUAAUGUGCAUGCAGGUUUAUUGUAACUUUCUUAAAAACUUUUUUUUUUUUUGAGAUGUUUAUAGUAUCUUCCUGUAAAUGUCAGUCAUUGAGAAAAAUUAAGGACUCCGUGUAAGUAGUUUUAGGCUUGUUUAUUGCAGCAGAGACCCCUGGGGUCAUUAAGAGGGCAGGGUUAUGGGAAACGGGGGGUGGAGUUAGAAGCUAAUAUUUGAUGUAACUGCUAACCUGGGGUUUCUGUGACUCAAGCUCCUUUUCGUUUUUCGUAAAUAAACCACAGAAACGUA